AUGGCAGCUCAAGACCCUAUGAGCGCACUGUCCAACUCUUCUCCCAUGUCGGUAUCAAGAGUCAGUGGUCAAGGUGUUGAGUUGUUGCAGGCCGACGGACAUGCCGCACAAUGGAACCAGCCCGGCGUUGAGAACGGAGAUAGCAGGUAA